GGCAAGAGGCAACUGAUGGUAAUGGCACCUGAAGAAACUCGAAAAGGUCCGUGGACAGAGCAAGAUGACCUUCAACUGAUGUGCUUCGUGAGCUUAUUCGGUGAUCGUCGUUGGGAUUCCAUAGCCAAAGUUUCAGGUCUGAACAGAACAGGAAAGAGUUGUAGGUUACGAUGGGUUAAUUACCUUCACCCAGGCCUCAAACGUGGAAGGAUGACUCCUCAAGAAGAGCGCCUCGUCCUUGAACUUCAUUCCCAAUGGGGCAAUAGAUGGUCCAGAAUUGCUCGGAGACUACCGGGGCGAACUGAUAAUGAGAUAAAGAACUAUUGGAGGACGCACAUGAGGAAGAAAGCACAAGAGAGAAAACGAGGUAUAUGUCGUCCGCCUUCAUCGUCUUCUUCGAACAGUUUGUCACCAACGUCACAAGAUUCUACAUCGGUGGUUACUAAUUCUUUGGCUGAAAGCCAUCUGAUGAUGGAAGGAAGCUUGCAUGAGAACGGUGUUAAUAUUAAUAGUACUACUGAUGGUGAUUUGGAUUUGGAAGAAGUUGCAAAAGGUUAUUACUCCAUGGAUGAAAUAUGGAAGGAUAUAGACCAGCUGAUGGAAGAAGACGUGAGCAGUGGAUCUGGAGGACAAGUUUAUGAUGAGGGAGAUAAUCAGCAGGGACGUAAAGAAGAAGAAGAUGGGAUGUGCAGUAGUAGUUUCUCAUUAUGUCCACAAACUCCAUUAAUGGCUUCUCCUCCUUCUUGGAACUACUGUUCAGAUUCACUGUGGAGGAUGGAUGAUCAAGAAAACAUCAAGAUCUGGCUGCCCAUCAUUAAUGAUCAUUUUGUUUCCAAGUACUGAAUCAAGAUUAGGUCCC